AUGCCAGUGAUUUCUCCCACCACGCCCAUCAACACCUUUGUCGACCGGGAUACGAUUACCAAUUCCACGAAUGCCACCGUUGCGGAUGCUCUACAGGUCGUAUGUGCGUGGCCCGUAUCGGGGCAGUACGGAGCCGGCUCGCGGGUGCUCUACUAUAUCCUCGUGGCUGUGUGCGUAUUUGCUCGAAAGGCAGAAUGGCUCCGGAGCGCCGGCUUAGCAGCUGCCUUGCUUGUUCCCGCCGUCGCGGCCCUCCACGCCAUUGUCCUUGCUGCCGUCCACGUCGAUGGCGCGGUUGAUAUGGACGUCUAUGGUGCCUUCCAACUGUGUUCCAUCGGCAUUCUGGCUGCUCCCGUCACCGUCAGACUGUCGCAGACCUACUUCAAUGACCCCGGUCGAAAUAUGAUCUUCCUGUGGACUGGCCUUGUUCUGGCUGGGCUGCUAAGCUUGACCGUCGAGUUCUACCGCAUCGAAACCUUCGCUUGUUCCAUGGAUGAUUUUGGGCAACCCAUGUCGUCCGAUCCAAGCCAGUUCAAUUACAUGAAUGCCGGUUGCGGCUUGGCUCUACCUUGCAACACCGGUCCCGCUGGGCCUUUUUCUCCUCUGCGACGCGGCGCUACCAAUGAGAUCUUCGUCAUACCUGCACCGGACAGGCUGACUUUCAACGCCGCAACGCUUGUCGCAGCAGCUUGCUGUGUCCCUGCCAUUCUCUCUCUGAUAUAUACCUGGAUCAAGAUCCUCGAAGUCAACUGGAAAAACAGCUACGGCCACCAUGACGAGCCCAUCUCUGGCACCAACGGCGCCACCAUCGGGAAGAUGAAGGGAGUCAACGCCGUCAUCCGAACCUUUCUCAGCACCGUCGAAGUCCCACUGUUUGGUGGAGCAGUGAUUGUGAUACUUGUCUUUGGCGAGCUAAACUUCUUCAGUCGUCAAGUCAACUUUCAAACUGAACCUAUGACUAGCAUUGGGAGGGAACUCAAUCGAAAUGACGCCAACAAGAAGCCGCUCAGUACCUGGGUCAAGACAGCAUAA